UUUCAUAUUUUUAUUUCAGAGAAUAUGUUUCUCUCUAUCCUUCUUUUUUUUCCUCCUCUUCUUCUUCCUUCUCCUUCUAGUGGACUUAGCAAGGAGCUAGAAGGACUUAAGCUUGUUCAUAUUGUAUUUAGACACGGAGACAGAACUCCAAUAGAUAUAUUUCCAACAGAUCCCUAUAAGGACCGUAGUAAUUGGCCGGUUGGGUUUGGUCAGCUGUUAAACCGCGGGAAAUUACGCCAUUUUGAACUAGGGCAAUGGCUUCGUCAAAGGUAUUUUGGAUUCCUUGGAGAUGUUUACGAUGAAAACGAGAUUUAUGUCAGGUCUACUGACGUGGAUCGAACCCUGAUGUCAGCUGAAGCUAAUCUAGCUGGCCUCUAUCCUCCAACCUCCAACCAACGAUGGAACAAAGAUCUUGCCUGGGAACCAAUUCCUGUUCAUACAGUACCACAGAGUGAAGAUGCUCUUCUUUCCUCCCACGCUGACUGUCCAAGAUUUACUGAACUUCAAGAACAGCUGCUAGUGUCAGAAGACUUCAGGUAUUUAUCAGACUAUGUUUAUGACACCCUGAAGAUUGAAACUGAAAUGAACUUCACCCUGGAUCCUUGGACUAAAUCAGUCUUUCCAGAUGGAAAAUUUGCGGAGUUGAAGGAUUUCUCCUUCCUAGUUGACACCUACACUCCUGAACUAAGGAAGCUCAAGGGAGGUCCUUUCCUCAAGGAGAUGAUUGAACAUCUUGACAAGUUUAAAUCUGGAGAACUGGAUCCAGCAAAUAGAAAAGUGUUUAUGUACAGCGGACAUGAUACAACAAUUGCUCCUAUUCUUCAUACUUUAGAUGUUUUUGACCCUCCAAUUGCUCCUGCCUAUGCUGCUACUAUACUAUUCGAACUACUGGAGAAGGAAGGAGUUCUAAGCCUGCAAGUCUCCUACAAGAAUGAGUCUGGCGAUCCAUUUAUCCUGACUAUUCCAGGAUGUACCCAGCGUUGUCCUCUUGACAAACUAAAGGUAUUGUUGGCUCCAAUGAUCCCUGAAGACUGGAGAGCUGAAUGUGGUUUAAAGGAUUCUAAUAGUUUAGAGACUAGGGUCACAUUCAUAGCUGCUGUUGUAAGCUCUAUUAUGGCUGUAACGGUACUGUUGGGAGUUGUUUACAUUAUCUGUAAGAAAAAACAGGAUGGACCUGAAGCUAGGUAUCAGCGAGUGGCUAACGAAAUAUGAACAGACUGAUUUUACAAAGUGCUUAGGAUCCAUUCCAUUCAUUUUGAUGCAAAUCCUGCACUCAGUCCAAAAAAAGGUUCAUGAACAUUUCUCAAGAUUUACUGAUUUUUAAGCAAACAAUACCCCGUUUAUUUUUUCGCUUAUUUUAUGCUAAAACUUAUCAAAGCAUUCAGAGAUGAUUCUAAAUAUGCUAUUAAUACAUUGAUAACCAGGAAACAAAUGGAA